AUGCCGGCCCAACGAAACCUCUGGUCUUCAAUGUGCAUGCUUGCAACAUACAUUUUCCAGAAACGGAUUCCGAAUAUGCAGGAUUAUCUUGCCAAUCUACGAAAACACAUUGGCAUUUUUCUCUGGCAUUUGAUCUCCAUGACAGCUCAGUGGGUCAAUAAACCGAAGGUACACAUGCUGUUGCAUCUACCUGAUUCAAUAGAGCGGUUUGGUCCUGCAACCCUCUUUGCCACUGAACAGUUCGAGAGUUUCAAUGGAGUUUUGAGGAAAGCCUUGGUUCACUCAAAUCGUUUGCGACCGGGGAGAGAUUUGGGAAUCACAUUUAUGAACUUCCAUGCACUCAGAUUGAUCUUUUCCAAUGCAUGCUUGUACAACGACAAAACCCACUUGCGAUUCCAUCCCGCUGAGCUAGUCACCAAAAUCUUUCACGAUAAUCCUCAGAUCCAGAAAUCAAUGGGAUUCAACUCAUCAGCAAUAACCAGCUUCAGCUCGUUCCCAUGUCCAAUUCAAACUCAUCUUCGCGCUGAAGACCAACAAGGUGUUCCCGUUUACUUCAACAAGUUCCCAAAUGCCCAGGUGACCCAGAUGUGCCAGCUCCGAUUGACAGACAAAGACAUUGUCGGGAAGGGCUUCUUUGUUCUGGUUGCCCCCGGGGGUGACUGUAGACAACAAUUUUUUGGACGUGUCGAGUCGUUGUGGAAGAUGACUCACCCAUGCUUUUCUACGUAUCAUAUCGAAAUGACUGUGUUUGAGCAAAAAGAUCCUAAAGUUGAUUCUGAAAUCCAACAGGACAUCAAAUCUUGUCUUAACGUUCAGCACGACUGCUUUGCCGGAAAAUGUUGGAUUCUUCCCAAUGACAUACCCCGACGACCAGAUAUGGAAGGCUGCCCCACUUCAAAGGUCUUGGUACAUUCUGAUGAUGAUCAGUACAUUCUCAACUCGGCUACAUUGCACUCAUCAGUCUCAAUGCGACAAUAUGCCUCGUUUUCCGUUAAAGGCAUCCAACCAUCCGCUUGGAAAACCGCGAUCAAUCAAGGACUCCAGCAAUGGGGCAAGAAACUAAAAACUGGACAAAAGCGCAAAGAAUUAGCUGCUUCGAGGACUGCUUUUUUGGGGUGCCUGUAA